AACGCGGGCAUUUAUGCCGCCUGGGCCCAAAUCAUGAAGGCCCUUCGUUUCAUCGACCUCGAAUUGGGCAGUGGCUGGACGUUUGACUCCUGGGUGGUUACUCACUGGGAUGCGGACCACUUUCGCGGCGUUAAGGAUCUGCUUGUCAAUAAUGAGAUCCAGUUCACGCGUUGUUACCGUAAUGGAGCCAACGUCACCAAGGGCGGCCCUGGAAACUUUGCGUCUCUUUAUUUCAACCCUAAGCCUGUGCUAUUAUGCGGAGCAUGGGACACCAAAGCCAUGUUCAAGGGAGGAGGCGACUUCUUGCGUCUUUUUGUGAAGGAGGAUAAAUGUCAGCUCUGGGAAGGCUUGAAAGAAGCCAAACAGAGGAGUCCCGAGGGACAAACGCUGCUCAGGUGUAUAUGGGGCCAAGCCCUCAUAGGCCUUGACCUUUUCACUCGCAGUUUCUACUUCGACCACGAAACGGGACUACCGAGCUACAAAGAGACUCGAGGAAUCAGCAUGCGGCUAGAAUCUGACGGAAAUGACCCGGUUUCCAAAAACACGCCGCGUUUCUGUGUGGUGGGCGCAAAUGGAUACGGGAUUGGAAUGCCAAUCGCUUGCAAAUCGAAACCAACACGCAACGAGACGUCUAUUCUUGCUCUCCUGUACUGGACGGGCCAGGACUUCUGUUCGUACUACACGGGCGGAGAUGGCCACCCGAAGGUAGUCAAAGAGCCUGUACAGGAGUGGUUCAAGAAGCGUUGGCCUGGGGGUGACGUGGAAAUGGUCAAGUUGGAUCACCAUGGAUCAACAGGGGAGAAUCUUGGAAAAAUUCCCCAUGCAGAAGGCGAGGACAAAAAAAUUGAAGAAGAGGAAACCCCGUCGGAGUCAGAUACUGACUCGGAGGCCGAGAUGGAGGAGGAAAACUCAAAGAAAACGGACGAUCUGGAGAUAGAGGUGACUAACGAUCAAGAAAAGGCGAUGAAAGAUGCCAAAGAGAUUGGCAUAGUCAUCGAUUAUAUGAAGCCUAGCAAGGUACUCGUUACGCCAGGAACCCGCCACGGUCACCCCACUUGGGAUGUUCUGAUUAUUCUAAGAAGCUAUUUUGAAGAGCUGUCUAAAAACAUCAGCAGCCAAGGCCUAAACAAUAAACAGGCUGAAAGAGGACAAGGAUUAUUCUCGACUCGCUCAGUGUACUGGCUCAGCAAAGGCGAAGUUUCUUACAAGGACAUUAACUUUAAGCAUGUACUUGGAGCCGUUAUGCAAAAUCGGCUGGAAAGUGCUGAAGAAGACUCUAAGAUGCUGGAAGAAAAGGAUAAGAAAGAUUCGAACGAUGCUAACAAAGGGGAUCAAGACAUUGAAGAAGAAGAUGAGGAAGUCAAUGAAGGAAUGUUGCGUAUGGCCGACGCUAAGGAAAGAAUCAAGGCCCAGGAUAACUGGGCGAAUUGGAGAAAAGUAUACUUCAAAUACUUACUCGACCAUGCUGCAGACGACGGGGCCAACUACUAUAAGAAAAAUGGCGACGUUAAUAAGGACGCCGUUAACUUGGCUAUAGCCAAGAAGAUUAAAAAAUAUGAUAAGGAGAGGAGAGAAGAGAUAUACAAUGACGAGCCGCUCGAAGAAGGAAGUGAGGAAGCCAUCUUGUACGAACUGGUGGGAGCAUUCUGGGAGUUGAUCGAGGCUACUGAUGAUGCACAGCUGGAGGGAGUGGAAGAUUUCGAGGAAAUGUGCUGGCAGCCUCUUGUGGCAACUGAAACUGAAGACCCGCACUUUCUCAUCCGAUUUGAGUUUGGCGAAGAGAGAAAAGAUACUGCUUUAAAGGUGUUUGAUGCGAGCGGCCAGUAUGAAUAUGAGGAGGGCAGCACACAAAGCCAGAAGAAGGAAAUUAAACAAAGCAACAGCAAGAGACCUCAACGAAGCAUUAAUAAGGGAAGCAUACACGAGGAAAGUAAAGAACAGGAAAGUAUACAUGACGAAAACAUUCAAGAGGAAAUCAUACAACGCCACAGCAAAACUGCGACGGGGUUGAUCAUCAAGGACGAAAAGGACGAACGCAACCCCUGGACCAAGCACGCAUAUGGCGAUUGUGAUAUCGCAUCCAUGUUGUCCGCCAUUUCGCUCAAUACCGUGGCCGAUUUCAGAAUGGCUGCUCGCAUUAGGAAGUCAACUAAGAAAGAAUUUACAAAAGGAGAUUCGAAAAAUAUGAUUUACAAAUAUUACGCCAAGCGACCGAAUGCUAAGGCCGGAAUCGAGGAAAUGAUCGAGUGGAAUGAGCAAAAAAGACACGGGAAUACCAGCAGGAGAAUAAAGGAGGAAAUUGAGAAAGAGAAAGGGAAAAAGAAAGAGACUGAGGGUUUUAAGAAGAUAAUUACCAAGAGAGAAGUCAAAAAGGAGCAAAAGGGCUCUCGUGGCAAAGAUCACAAAGUCACAUCAAGGAAAGGAAAGAAAGACAAGAAAGGACAGCAUUGAGUCAGGAAAUAGGCGAUUGAUGAGGUAGUUGCUCAGUCUUGAGCUGGAAAGUGUGUUUCUUCUUCUUACUAUUGAUUCAAUGAAGUAAGCAUGUGGAAGGAAGCCAAUGUGAGAAUAUUCUUCUAAGUUACUAGUAACCACGAAUGUUUUACUAGGUAUUCGCAGAUGAAUUGAACCGAUUCAG